AUGGAGAAAGUGCUCCAUCGACUCCCUUGCCUGGUGGCAGGGCCUUUUUCAAUCCCAUUCGGUCGUCAUCAGACAAGGGGAAACAAAAGCUGGUUCCAGAAAAAAGAGAAGAAGCAGGAACCACGGCCAGUCUAUGAUGAUGAACUCGAGGACGACGAAGAGGAAGAAAAUGUUAUUGGUCCAGUCGCCCUGGCUCCUCCCAGGGUCCAACACGAAGAAAUUGAAUUGAAAACGAUAGCUAGUCAACCACAGCCAGAAGCAGGACCAUCUCCCCUCACGGUAACUGACCACUUAGAAGCUCAGUCUUCGUGA